GCACAUUUUGGUCUUUAAUGGUGGAGUAGGGGACUCAUAUAUGAAAUAAGGUAUAAAAGCUCCACUUCACGCAAACUUCUGGGGAUGUUUGGUUUCUCCAUCUCUCUCUAUUUUUGAGCCCUUUAGAUCUGAAAUUUUGAUUCAACUGUUUGAUCCAGUUUCAAACUUUCAAGCACUGGGUUCACUCCAAUCUCUUAUUCUCUUACAACCCUUUUUUAUUUUUUGUAAAAUAAAAGAAGGAAGAUUAACAUAUAUGAAAAUUUCAUAUUAUUCAUGAAUAAAAGAGGGAGCUUUUGAUUUUGGCAUGUGAGCCUCCUCUAAUGGGGUCCCGUAAGCGAGCAAAUUCUUCUUCUUCGUCAUCAUCUUCGUCCUCUCAGCGCAUGGAACUUUCGAUCUCAGGGCCCAGCGAGAAGCAUCAAGAGGAACUAGAAAACUUGACACUAACAACACAACCCUUCAGAACAUUGAAGUUUUUCAUUUUGGCUGUAGUUCAAUAUGUGAAGCGUACAAUAUCAUAUCUGUUGGCAAAAGGUGGUUGGCUUGUGCUUUUGAGUACUGUCGUAGUGUCACUUGGAAUUCUUCUAGUGACCAUUGAUGGCCCUCAUGAGAAGCAUGUUGAGGAACUUCUCAAAUAUUUCCAGUUCGGGCUAUGGUGGGUGGCACUUGGAGUUGCAUCAUCAAUUGGUCUUGGAUCUGGUUUGCACACGUUUGUCCUAUAUCUGGGUCCUCAUAUUGCAUUCUUUACUUUAAAGGCGAUGCAGUGUGGUCGAGUUGAUUUAAAAAGUGCUCCCUACGAUACAAUACAGCUAAAAAGAGGUCCUUCGUGGCUUGGGAAAAACUGCACUGAAUUUGGGCCCCCAUUGUUUCCAUCAUUACAUGGUUUGCGGGUUCCACUUAGCAGCAUAUUACCUCAGGUCCAGCUAGAGGCUGUUUUAUGGGGUGUUGGGACUGCAAUUGGAGAGCUUCCUCCAUAUUUUAUCUCAAGAGCAGCAAGCUUAUCUGGUGACAAAGUGGAUGGCAUGGAAGAAUUGGAUGCCCCCUCAGAUGAGGGAACAGGAUUCAUAGCUACUCAUCUAAACCGAGUCAAACGCUGGCUUCUAUCACACUCACAACAGUUGAACUUCUUUACAAUCUUAGUGCUUGCUUCGGUGCCAAAUCCUCUUUUUGACCUGGCUGGCAUUAUGUGUGGACAAUUUGGUAUUCCAUUCUGGAAAUUUUUCCUUGCAACAGUGAUUGGAAAGGCAAUUAUUAAAACUCAUCUACAGACGGUCUUCAUCAUCUCAGUUUGCAACAAUCAACUUCUUAAUUGGAUAGAGAAUGAAUUGAUUUGGGUUUUCAGUCUCAUUCCUGGUUUUGCUGCUGUCCUGCCUAACCUCAUUGCCAAAAUUGAUGCGGCAAAAGAAAAAUAUCUCACAGCUUCUUCUGUAUCCUCAAAUAUCAAGGUGAAAACGUGGGAUUUCUCUUUUGCAUCAAUUUGGAACACUCUGGUCUGGCUUAUGCUAUUCAACUUCUUUGUCAAGAUUGUGAAUGCAACUGCUCAGAGGUAUCUGAAGAAACAGCAGGAAAAGGAGCUUGCUUUGUUGACAAAGAAGUCGUAAAGCAUCACACAGCCGCAUGAUGUUUCGCCAUGUCCCUUAAAAUGGCGGUACUGCUCUUCUUUCCUUUUCCUUUUAGAACAAAACAACGCAUGAUGUUCCGCCAUGUCCUUAAAACGGGGGUACUGCUCUUCUUUCUUUUUCCUUUUUUUUUUUUUAUAGUUAUUUUCUCCUACUCCGUUUUUCAGAAGUAGAAGCAAUAGAAAUUCCUAGACACAGCUGUUUUGGAAGUCAUCAUUGGUCUCUCCCCAAAAUGCUCUGUGCAUGUCCUUGUUAGAAGAAGCUUGUAUAGGAUCAUGAAUCUAAUGGAGCACUGUAGAAGUUGCAGGUUUAUUAUCUGUAAUUUUUGGGGGAGGCUUUAUUUAGGGUGCGUUUUUCA